AUAGACGGUACAACUUCAGCGGUGCACGUCUUCAUUGCCAUUGGUUGUUGUUUGUUUGCUUCAAAACGGACGGCGGAACCGAAAGACUGUCCCCUCAGCAUGGAGGCAGAGGUAGAGUUCCUACGGGAUCAAGUCCACAGAUUGAAUUCAGCUCUCAGUCAGUAUCAGUACGGGCACCGCACUCAGUCCACAUCAUCCCAGCAGGCUGAGGAGGCAAGACAGGAGGAUUCUCCUACAGCCUGGAUCUCCGACAGAAGUAUCAUGGCUCCUCUGUUAGCAGAGUAUGAUCGGCACAUGGAUGAAAUGACUGAACAGCUGCAGAGAUACCAGGCACAGAUGAGUGAUGUCAAAGUGAAGCUGGAAGGUGUUGUCCAGGAGAAUGAAAGGUUGCAUGCAGAGCUGAGGGAGUGUGUAGAGAAGCAGCUUCACACCCUGCCAGGGUCUUCAGGAGUGGAGAGCAGCACACUGGAGGAGGACGCCGUCAUCAGAAACCUCCGGGAACAUGUCCAGCUAUGUGAACAGGAGCGGGUGCAGGCCAUGGAACUGUGGCAGACAGCAGCUCAGGAGCUGGACCGCCUCCAGCAGACCUACCAGAGGACCAUCUCUGAUGGACAGGUCCAGGAUGCUCAGAGACAGCAGCUUAAGGAUCAGCUGGUUCAGUUCCAGCAGCACACACACAAACUUAAAGUGGCCAAUCUGAAACUGGAAUCGUGCAACCAGCAGUUCCUGAAGACAGUGACGGAGCAGAGCACAGAGAUGGAGGAGCUACAAAGCCAGUACAGGCAGGCCAAGGCUGAGCUGAGGACAGCCACAGCUAAAGUGGAUGAGAUGACCAAGUUGUUGCAGAGUGUCCAAGACCAGAUGCAGAGACGGGAGGAAGAUGUGGCAGAGGCUCAGGGCCGAGAGGACGCAGCAGACAGACGACUUCAACAGCUUCAGGCGGCCUUGAGCCAGAUGGAGGCCAGACUAAAAACUGCGUCUCAGGAGGCUGAGGUAGUUCGCAGAGAUCAAACUGUGUGGGAGAGAAAGGUGGGGGAACUCCAGACACGUUCCACCACCCUCGAGGAGGAGAAGUAUGAAGCCCUGGCUAAAGUCCGAGAGAGUGUUCAGGUGGUGGAGGAGGCAGCGCUGCAGAAGGACCAGGCCUUGUUAAGAGAGAAACAGAAAACAGAGGAGUUGGAGAAGACAAAGGAGGCAGUCAAACAGCUGAUCCAGGAUGCCGCAGCACGCACCAGAAAAGAGGUGGAUAACGUGCGCAAGCAGUGCAACGUUCAAAUCCAGCGCAUGGCCGAGGAGCUGUCUGCUCUGCAGCUGGAGUGUGCAGAUAAAGAGUCUCAGAUUGAAAGGUGCUUACGAGAGAGAAAAUCUCUGGAGGAGGAGCUGGAGAAGGUGUAUAAGGAGGGCAGGGCAGAGCCAGAGUUCAGGAAGAUUGAUGCCCUUCACCAGAGGUGUCUGGAUGCAGAGAGGAUGAAGGAGGACCUGAGCCUCACCCUGCAGAGCACGCACAACAAACUGAAAAAGAUGGAGAUGGACUACAGUGAGGAGCUGUCACGGUGCCAGGAGGAGGUGCGGAAGCUGCAGGGCUCUCUGGCUGCAGCACGGGAUGACUGUGUCAGCGUCAGCGAGGAGCGGCUCCAGCUGCAGCAGGAGAACCUGCAACUCCGCAGGGAGAUGGAUGAGCUUCGAAAGGCCUCCCUGCUGGUGCAAAAGAAGGCAAAGCAACAGCUAUCCCAGAUGGAGCAGGAGUACAGCCUGAAGGAGCAGGGACUCCACACACGCAUGCACGAGCUGGAGGAAAGCAGCCGCAGCUCCAGUGAUGAUCUGACGCGCCUCCUGACAGCACAACAGAAAAGUACUCAGCGUUGGAAAGAAGAGGCCCAGAACCUUGUAACAGCCUUCGAGACCAAAAUCACAGGCUUAAAGGCGGAGCUGAAUCAGCAGAAGCAGCGCACACAUGAACUGGAGAUACAGCUUGAAACUAACCAUAAUACCAUUUCUGAGUAUGAGAGGCAGCUAGCAGAGUAUCAGGAGAAGACGAGUCGCCUCCAGAGACGACUGACCCAGGCUGAACAAAAGACAGCUACUGUGACACUACAGCUGAAUAUGUUGGCGUCACAGCGAAGGAAAACGGCCACAAUUGAUCCAGAGCCUCGAUAACACGGACUGUCAUGAUGCUGUGAAAAACUGAUGCAGCCAUGUGUGUUUAGAGCAUGUUGCUCUUUUUGUUGAUAUGAUAUUAAAAUUUUGGCCAAAGCCAUAAGACAACAAUGGUGUAAGUCCUCUGGUGAUUAAAUGGCAACAUGCUCUAAUUGUUAACACUAAUCAGUCCCACCAGAAUUGCCUCGUUUCAUGGCAGCUUUUUAAAAAAAAUGUGAUGCAUCUUGCAAUAUUUUUAGACAUUUUUAUUGUGAUUGAAUUGCAGAAGCAA